CUAAACCUGUUUACCGCAUCAUCACCACCAUCUCUUGCGCCCUCUUUUAGCUUCACGAAACUGCUAGAGGGGGCAUAACACGUGCGCCGCGACAUCUCUGCAAGUAUUGCGACCAAGACAAGCUUCGGAACCUCGACAAGGACGAUUGGCUGUGCCCCUUGCCGACGGGAUUCAUGCAGCGCCGCCAGCGCGUGCCGCUUCUUCCAUCCACCUCGGGAUAGGCGACCGAUCUGCCACAGCGCACGCCCGUUACUGGGUAUCAACCGAUAGACGACAACGUCGCCUGGCAUGUCUUUCCCGCAGACCACGCCUAUGCGGCCGGUGCCCGGCGCGUUUAUGAACACGCCAGCUCUCGCCUCGAGGUUCCAACCCGGCAACGACCCGGUGCGACGGCAGCUAUUCCCCGUCUCCGAAGAUGCACAUGCGGGCUCUGGUAUCCCUGCAAAGUCGGCACCUUCCAGCUCGCUGGCUCCUCCCGCCACAAAGUCUUCGCCUGGCGCCUCAGCGGCUAUAGGUCAGGCUGGCUCCGGACAGCAGAGCUUGGUGGCUACGACGCCUCUUCCGGCGCCCCGUGCUGAGAAUGCCCCGCCGGUGGGUAAGGCGGCCAAGGCCAUUAAUGCCUUUUUGCAGCUUGACGAAAGCUUCCCCGACCUGGACUCGUACUGCAGACAAGGCGCCUCGUCAGAUUAUGAGCUUCCCGGACCCGACUCUGCUUGGGCCCCAUUCCAUAAGACCCAAAUGUACCCUAUACCGAAUCAAGUCUUCGACCACUACAAUGCGGGCGAGCUCCAGACCCUGAUGGGUCUCUUCGCCGAGAUCAACCAUGCUUGGGUCGUCAUCGACAACUCAUUGUUCCUCUGGGACUACACGCACCCUGACCCGGAGCUCAUCGGCUUCGAGGACCAGCCGCAUACCAUCAACGCUGUGGCUCUAGUGCCCCCCAAACCCGGCAUCUUUGUCAACACAAUCAACCAUAUACUUGUGGUCGCUACCUCCUCCGAGAUGAUCCUCCUCGGUGUCUCUGCGACAGACACGCCCGCAGGCACCAAGUCUGUCGCGCUGUAUCAAACGAAGUUGACCCUACCCCUCCGUGGCGUCGACGUGCGGAUCAUCUCUGGAUCCGCAGAUGGGCGAAUUUUCUUUGGUGGCAGCACGGACAUCGACAUCAACGAGCUGUAUUACCAGUCAGAGGAGAAGUGGUUUUCGAACCGCUGUGGCAAGAUCAACCACACAAAUCCAGGUUGGUCUUCGGUUGUGUCUCUCCAGUCGUCCCUCUGGGGAACGAAAGCGCCCGAACACCUGGUGCAGAUUGUCAUCGACGAUUCGCGGAGGCUUGUCUACACACUUUCCAGCAAAUCAACUAUCCGGACAUACCAUAUGGACGCGCCCGACCGCCUUAAUAAGGUCAUUGAAAAGGAAAAGGUGUACUGCCUGCGCGACAUAGCGCACAUGAUCACACAGUCGAAGCUUCUCAGCGACCGCAUGAACAUUGUCUCCAUCAGCACCAUCGCAAAGCAGGAGGCGUCGAAACUACACCUCAUGGCUCUAACCGACACUGGAUGCCGACUCUUCUUUAGCGCAACGAGCGCGUCCAGCUACCUCUACGGCUCCCAGUCGAACAUGGCGCCGCAGAGCAUGCAAGUUCAGUUCAUCAAGUUCCCACCAAGCGCGAAUCCGCGAAGGAUCAGCCAACUCGCACAGCCCGGACAACCUGGCUCCGAGUCCGUUGUCGACCUCGAGUCGGUCAUGUUACUAGGCAGCCGAAAAGGUGCUCGUUUCGCGCCAGGCUUUUUCCUGGACUUUGUGAGCAGCACAGAGAAUACCAAUGUAGACACCCUGUUUGUCUCAGGACCAGAGACUGGUCGGAUAAAGCGAACGUCGCCGACAACCCCUCUCCGAUACUUUGAGCAGGCUAGUUGGAUAGAUAUUGGAAGCCGCGCCGAGGCUGUCGGUCUCAUCACCAAGCCUUUUGCUGCGGCGCAACAGCCUUUAGGAUUUGGCAAUGAGCUGGCGGUUCAGUUUGAUGAACCGCCGAGCGAAUUCGCUGUUCUUACCAACACUGGGAUCCACAUCAUCCGUCGACGCCGCUUGGUGGACACUUUCGCUGCGGCCAUUCGUGAUGCGCCUGGCGAUGAAGCUUUGGACGUCAUCACGCGCCGUCUCAUUCAGCUAUACGGCCGCGUCGAAACCGUAUCAACGGCUCUGGCUGUGGCUUGUGGUCAAGGUGGAGAUGGGCGACCGGGUGCAGCCAGGGCGAUUGAUCAGGCCACUCAAGACCGUGCAAGAGGCCUCUUUGUCGAUUUCGGUGGACAGCCGACUAUCACAGAGACGGAUGGGACAGCCCUGACUACCGAUUCCGUGAGACUGUCAUCCCGCCACGAUGCCCUCGCCCUGUACCUUUCCCGCCUCAUCCGCAAGCUUUGGAAGACCCCGGUUAUCAAGAGCGGAGUGUCGCCAGCAGGCGGUAUUAUCAUUGACUCAGCCGUUCCCAUCGGCAAACUCGUCUCGACGCAAGAGAACCUCGAGCGACUGCGAAAGUUCAUCGACUCCAACCGCGGAUUGAUCCAAGGCAUGUCGGGCCCUUCAGAUCUUCAGCGAGUGGCCAGUAGGCAGGAGGAGGUGGCCCUGCAAGCUGAGCACCAGGCACUCUAUGCACUCCAGAAGCUCAUGGAGAGCAUAUCCGAGGGCAUCUCGUUCGUACUGAUGAUGUUUGACGAGCGCGUGUCCGACAUUUUUGUCAGACUGGACGAGACAUCGCGCCAGCACCUCAAAGACCUAACCUAUGAGAAGCUUUUCUCGCAAGCCGAUGGCAAGGAACUCGCUAAGUUGCUGGUAAAGGCCAUUGUCAAUCGCAAUAUCGAAAGUGGUUCGAACGUCGAGACAGUGGCGGACGCGCUGCGGCGGCGCUGCGGCAGCUUUUGUAGCCCCGACGACGUGGUCAUCUUCAAGGCCCAAGAGCAGCUCAAGAGGGCAUCGGAGCAACCACUUAAUACGAAUCUGUCAAGGGGUCUGUUGCAUGAGAGCCUGAAGCUCUUCGAAAAGGUGGCUGGCAGCCUGACGUUUGCGAACCUGCAGACUGCCGUUGCCCAGUAUAUCAGCCUGAAAUAUUACGCCGGCGGCAUUCAACUCUGCCUGGUGGUGGCUCGAGAGGCGGAUAGAGGGAACACGGCGCUGCAAUGGGUCAAUGAUGGUAAGCCCACCAAUGACCCUAGGGGCACGGCCUUUGCGGAGCGAAAGCGGUGCUAUGAUCUCAUCCAUGACGUGCUGCGAGACCUGGACAUGGCGUCGAGCAAGGAGCCCGAGUUGAUCGAUGGGAAGCUCACGCUCAUUGCGACCAAGAGGCUGGAGGCCUACGACGUGGUUAACAGCUCUGACGACGAGGUCUUCCACUUUGGCUUGUACGAGUGGUACAUCCAGCAAGGCUGGACGGACCGCAUUUUGGCCAUUGAAUCGCCCCAUGUCAUCACCUUCCUGCAACGGCUGGCUGCCACGAACGUGGAGCACGCAGAUCUUCUGUGCCGCUUCUACACCAACCGAAGCCGAUUCUUUGACGCGGCCGAGGUGCAAGCCGAGCUUGCCAACUCAGCCUUUGCUCUGGGCAUCAAGGACAGGAUCCGGCUGCUGAGUUUGGCCAAGGCUAACGCCAACGUGGCCACCGUGGGCGUAAGCCGCCAGCAGCAGCAGAUGCUCAAUCAUGCGGUGACGGACCUGCUCGAGGUUGCCAACAUUCAGGACGACUUGCUCGGCAGAUUGAAGGUGGACGAGAGGAUUAGCCCCGAGCGCAAGCUGGAGAUUGAACGGGCCCUUAACGGCAAGAUCCUGGAUCUGUCAGAGCUUUUCAACGACUACGCCGACCAAGCCGGAUACUACGACCUUUGUCUCCUCAUCUACCACACGGCCAACUACCGCAACCCGACGACGAUUUCUGGGACGUGGAACAACCUCAUUCAGCAAACGCACGACGAGGUGAUUGCGAUGCAAGAGAACGCCGGGGAAGGGGAGCCUUCACCCCCAAUGCCAUACGAGGCCGUGACGAGCAAGAUUCAGAACAUUGCUCACCACACGUCUCUCGACAGCUUUGUGUUUCCCAUCCAGACGCUCCUCCCGGAACUGUGCCGGUAUGCUGUUGCGUACCAGCAGGAUAUGACCAUUGGGGCAGACCCGACGUGGCCCGUACAGCUUUUCCUGUCGCUGGGCGUCUCCCAUGACAUGAUCGUGAGAGUGCUGGAGAACACGUUCGACACGCAAGAUUACGGGUUUAUUGGCACAGUGAGGAGUCGCAUCAUUGAGGUCAUUGUCGCGGUUGUCAACAACUGGGUGUCGGAUGUGCGACGCCGUGGCGGCACGGCCAAGGGCGGGUCGAUCGGACCCUGGGUGGGUGAACUGCUGGCUCGGUGCGAAGCCGCGCUGCCGCCUCCGGGCCAGGGCAGCAACAUCGGCGGGGCGGACCUGGCAGAUAUCAGACGGGUUCUGAGGACAUUGCGUAGGGAGGUCUCUGGGCUGAUUGAGCGGGCGCCUACGGGCAGCCUGAGGUUCAUGUAGAAUGGGCGAGCGAUACCUUCCCUUAUUUUUUUCUUUUGGUGUAAGAAAGACGGGAAAUGAAACCAGAACGUCGACGGGGCGUCAAGGUAAGGGGUCAUGAUGUACAAGGCUUGCACAUAGCAUAAUUGCAAGGGACGGUGAAUGCUUUUGAUCUUGAUUACGCCGAUCUUGGAGCUCGGAUCAUUGACGCGUGGGCGUUUGAGACAAAUCUGUUUGUCAAUCAAGCUAUCAAGG